AUGAUCAUACCUGUAAGAUUGAUAUACAUCGCAAGCCACAUUACGGAAACCGGGUUUGGCGUCAUGGAGUUUCCCGGAACGUCUCUCUCGGAUUUAAACUUGAUCAGUGAAGGAGGGUUCGGUCAAGGGAGAAAACUAGGCUUGUCAGUGCCUCGGUUAUCUGGGAAGAUAAGGCUGCAUUCAUCUUUAAUCUUAACUUUGGGAUAUUUCAGCCGACAACAUCCACUUGCCGUAUAUUUGCUGUGCAUAUUGAGAAUGUCUCACGGCUCAUCACGGCUCAGCGCAGGUUGA